AUGGUACCUACAAUUAAAGAGUAUAUGGUCUUACUUCGCUUCGGUCUGCCAAACCCAGAUAAGAUUUACUGGUCCCAUAAGAGGCAUAUGGAUGAUGAUCAGGGAUUAGUGGCUAUGGCUAUAGCUUUAUAUAGACUGGUGAUCUUCUUAAAAGUCAUCGAAUAUGUUGAUAUUACAGUGGUAGAUUUUGUUGAUCAGUUAGCAUAUCAGGUCAAUGCAGCAUCGACUAUUCUGGCAGAAACCAUUCGUUCUCUAAGCUUUUGUCGUAGAAAUGUUGAACCAAUUCAAGUUCUUAAUCUGGAUAACAUGAAAGAAAAAGAAAAAGAAAAGCCAAAAGUUGAGGCUCAGAAAGACUCUAGAAUCAGCAUGCUAGAACAAAGGCUACGAGCUGUAGAAGGAAUUGGGUUUUAUGGCUCUGUUAAUGCUGUCGGGCUGUGUUUAGUCACAGAUGUGAUGAUAGGAAAUGCAAUCAAAAAUUUCAUCGUCAUGGUGAUUUUAAGAGAAAUUAUUGAGAGUGCCAUCAAGCAUGACAAGCUAGAAGGAAGGGAGGCAUCAAGUAAAAGAGCCCCAAAGAAAAAGGAGACUGAAGCUCAGACUAUUUGCUUGGAGAUCGGUGGGGUUAUGGGUUCUGUUACAAUUACUUUGCUUAUGUUGCUAUGUCUAGGAACUUCUAAACUUCGCUUUUCCGCCACAAACCACAACAUCACUUGCAUUCAGAGUGAGAGACAAGCUCUUUUGCGGUUUAAGCAAGAUCUCGAAGAUCCUUCAAACCGGCUAGCUGCUUGGACCCAUGAUGGAGAUUGUUGCAAAUGGGAUGGAAUUGUCUGUAACAAUGAAACUGGCCAUGUUAUCAAGCUCCAACUUGGGAGUUCUCGGGGUGUGUUUGCAUCAAAUGCUGAAGCUGAAGCAUAUGAAAGAUCGAAGUUGGGUGGUAAGUUGAAUCCUUCUCUGCUAGAUUUGAAGUAUUUAAGUUACUUGGACCUAAGCGAAAAUGGUUUCCGAGAAACUCCAAUCCCAACUUGGUUUUGGAACUUGUCUUCCAAUCUGUCCUACCUGAAUAUCUCUCGAAACCAAUUCCAAGGUAACAUUCCUGAUUUACUCACAAUGAUUCAUCCUCCCGUCGUAAUUGAUCUCAGCUCAAAUAAUUUCAGUGGCCCACUCCCUCGUCUUUCAUCUAAUGUGACUGCUGUAGAUCUUUCUAACAAUUCCAUGUCAGGAUCUACCUCUCAUUUCUUGUGCUACAAAGUGAAUGAGCCAAUGAAAUUGGAAGUUCUCAAUCUCGGCAAUAAUCUUUUAUCAGGAGAAAUACCUGACUGUUGGAAGAUGUUUCCAAGGUUGGUGGCCAUAAAAUUAUGUUACAACAAUUUCAGUGGUAAGAUUCCAAGUUCCAUGGGAACCUUAACUUCUCUUCAAUCAUUACACAUACGCAACAACAGUCUAGUUGGUGAAGUACCCUCUCUAAAAAAUUGCGGUGAAUUGCUUACUGUUGACUUUGGUGCUAAUCAACUUUCCGGAGACAUACCACCAUGGAUGGGAGAAAGGUUAUCAAAAUUAAUCAUCUUCAGCCUUCACACAAACAAGUUUAAUGGUACCAUACCUAAACAACUUUGUAACCUAUCAUCUCUUCAGAUCCUGGACCUUUCCCACAACAAAUUAUCAGGUGAUAUUCCGAGCUGUAUCAACAAUCUCAAUGCCAUGGCCUCGAGAAAUAAAUCCGAUAACAAGAUAUUUUAUAAAACGUCCAAGGGAAGCUUUUUUGAGGAUAUAUUACUUGUGAUGAAAGGAAGGGUGGUGGCUUAUAGCACUACCCUUAAACUAGUUAAAACAAUGGACCUUUCAGAUAACAAUUUAUCAGGUGAGAUCCCUGAGGAGGUGACAAGUCUUGUAGGCCUGCGAUCAUUGAAUUUCUCACAUAAUCUUUUGCUAGGAACCAUUCCUGCCAACAUUGGUGCAAUGGGAUCAUUAGAAUCUGUUGAUUUAUCAACAAACAACAUUUCUGGUGAAAUCCCUCCAAGUAUCUCUUACCUCACCUUCUUGAGUCACCUGAACUUGUCCUAUAACAAAAUUAGUGGGAAAAUCCCGACGAGUACUCAGUUACAAAGCUUAAGUGCGUCCAGCUUUCUUGGCACUGAGCUCCAUGGACCACCCCUAACUGAUAGCUCCAAUGCUGUGAAGUUCAGCCCCAGCGCAGGAAAAAACCUUGAUGAUCCACAUGAAGUGAACUGGUCUUUUCUAAGCGUGGAAUUGGGAUUUUGCUUAGGAUUCUUUGGUGUAUUGGUCCCUGUUCUGUACUAA